UCUUACCGGACCCGGACAGUAGACACACCGUCGUGGAUUCGCGUCAUUCGCUCUGGUAGCAAGUUGAAGACACUUUCAGGUGUCUUAUCAAACAGAAACAUGUCUAUAUUUACUCCAACAAAUCAGAUCCGACUGACCAACGUGGCGGUGGUUCGGAUGAAGAAAGGAGGGAAGCGCUUUGAAAUCGCGUGUUACAAAAAUAAAGUCGUUAGCUGGAGAUCUGGAGCAGAGAAAGACCUAGACGAGGUGCUGCAGACACACUCUGUUUUUGUGAAUGUUUCUAAAGGUCAGAUGGCGAAAAAGGAUGAUUUGGUAAAAGCUUUUGGCACAGAUGAUCAGACUGAAAUCUGCAGACAGAUUUUGGCCAAAGGGGAACUCCAGGUCUCUGAUAAGGAGAGGCAGAGCCAGCUAGAGACCAUGUUCAGAGACAUUGCCUCCAUCGUGGCAGAGAAGUGUGUGAAUCCAGAGACUAAAAGGCCUUACACCGUCAGCCUCAUCGAGCGAGCCAUGAAGGACAUCCACUACUCUGUGAAGCCCAAUAAGAGCACCAAGCAGCAGGCCCUGGAAGUGAUUCGGCAGCUGAAGGAGACCAUGGAGAUCCAGAGAGCCCACAUGAGGCUGCGGCUGGUGAUACCGGCCAAGGAGGCCAAGAGGCUGAAAGAGAAGCUCAAACCUCUCCUGCAGGUGGUUGAGAGCGAAGAGUUCGACGAAGAGCUGGAAAUGGUUUGUCUGGUGGAUCCUGGCUGCUUCAGGGAGAUCGAUGAGCUGAUCCGCUGUGAGACCAAAGGCCGCGGAUCUCUGGAGGUUGUCAGCCUGAAAGACGUGGAGGAAGGAGACGAGAAGCUGUAGGCGCUCACCGAGCUUAACACCUCACUGGAGCGCAAAGCCUAAAACUGCUAACAAAACAGACUGUUUAUUGUCUCUUCACCUUAUAUUCAGCCUUGCAAAACAGCAGCUAUGUUUAAAAACAAACUAAUUUAAUGCUGAAAAGAGUGGAUUUUAAAGCAGGGUUCAGCUCUGAAAAUGUACAAAUGGAUGGUCAGUAAUAGGAUCUGACUUACAUUUUCAUAUUUAUUAUAUUUUUGUCCUGGUGGGGACUUUUUUUGACUCUAGCUUCUAUUUGCAUCGCUUUCUUUAUAGACCCAGAAAUAUAUUUAACUGCAACAAUUAAUCCUGCUCUGAAGCUAAACUUCACAAUGAUUGUUUUAAUUUGUUUAAACACAGAUUGUACAAAUGUAAAAUAAAUAGAAUGGGUAUAACAGCAAAUAAUUAUACACAUCAUUGCACUUUGGUCGCCCCUGGUAGAAAUUUGUCAGAUAAACUAAUCGCAAUACAUUGCGAGGGAAUAAAACAAUCAUUUAGACAUAGUCAUAUUUUGCAGUAUGACCUUAGCAAUAUGACUAACACAAUUUACAGAAUAUUUGUUUCCCAUUUCUUUAAAGGACUAAAAUAAAGUGACACUAAGGUCCUUUUAAGUCACUCUGAAAUAGGAAAGACUGCAGAUGAUUGUAUUUAGAAACAUUCUCCGACUGUAUGGCACCACUAACCUU